AGACGAGGCGCCGUCGCGGCUGACGCUGAAGCUCAGACGCUGCAGCUGCUGCACGUAGCGACCCAGUCCGUUGUGGAGAACGCUGGCCAAGAAGCGGCUCGGAGUCCCGCGCGCCGUCAUAGCUACAGCUUGGAGGCCGCGGAGCCUAAGCGGCGAGGAGAGGGGGGCGGGACUAAACCUCGAGGCUUCCGGUUCCGGGACGACCGCUCCCGGAGUUUUGCUUCCGAGGUCAAGGCGAGUAGCAUGUGCGGGAGACUCACGUUGCGGGCGAAGUGGGAGAGACAAAAGUGGUAACCUGGGGCUGGGGGCCGGUGCGGCGGAGCUCGGAGUAGUAGAGCGGAGUGAAGACACGGGGGAGGAUAGAGACUGGCAUUCCUUUGGGCCGGGGGAUUGGCGGGAGUCGUGCUGGGUGCUCUCGCCGUGUUGAGGUCCCAGUGAGGGGAAGGAGAAGCGGAAGAGGGUCUCUAGUCGGGGCCUAGGGCAAAGGGACUGCAAAAAGGAUGCAGAUGACUAUAGAAAUGAGGACGACGAGGAGAUGCUGUGGAGGAGCAGUAGAGGUGAGAAGAUGAUGCAAAGAAACUGUAUCAGUGAGGAACUGUAUAGAGGGUCAUAGAGGUGAGGUGGCGGAGAGAAACUAACGGACCAUAGAGGUGGGGGAGCCAUUGUAGAAGGACGUGGACGCGAAAGGGUCGUGUAGAUGGGCAUAUGCGAAAGGGUCGUGAAGCAGCAACGUAGAGGGUCUGAAGAGGAGAAAUUCAUGGAGAGAAAGAAUGCACCUAGAGUGAGCUCUGCAGAGUGCUGCGUGGGAUAUCCCUAGAGUUUGGUCUAGUGAAGGCACGCUAACCAGGCACCUAAGGCAUUUCAAGUAGUGACUUCCCACAUUUGGCUAGGAAUGUGGGUCCUCCUCCGAAGUGGCUGCCCCCUCCGUAUCUUGUUACCCCUGCGUGGGGAGUGGAUGGGUCGGAGGGGCCUGCCCCGAAACUUGGCCCCAGGCCCUCCUCGCAGACGUUACAGGAAGGAGACUCUCCAAGCCUUGGAUAUGCCAGUGUUGCCUGUAACUGCAACUGAAAUCCGCCAGUAUUUGCGGGGGCAUGGGAUCCCCUUCCAGGAUGGUCACAGUUGCCUGCGGGCACUGAGCCCCUUUGCAGAGUCUUCACAGCUCAAAGGCCAGACUGGUGUUACCACUUCCUUCAGCCUCUUCAUUGACAAGACCACAGGCCGCUUUCUCUGCAUGACCAGCCUAGCAGAAGGGAGCUGGGAAGACUUCCAGGCCAGCGUGGAGGGGCGAGGGGAUGGGGCCAGGGAGGGGUUUCUGCUUAGUAAGGCACCAGAAUUUGAGGACAGCGAGGAGGUCCGGAGGAUCUGGAACCGAGCAAUACCUCUGUGGGAGCUGCCUGAUCAGGAGGAGAUUCAGCUGGCUGAUACAAUGUUUGGCCUUACCAAGGUUACAGAUGACACACUCAAGCGUUUUAGUGUGCGAUAUCUGCGACCUGCUCGCAGUCUUGUCUUCCCUUGGUUCUCCCCUGGGGGCUCAGGAUUACGAGGCCUGAAGCUCCUAGAGGCUAAAUGCCAGGGGGAUGGAGUGAGCUACGAGGAAACCACUAUUCCCCGACCUAGCGCCUACCACAAUCUGUUUGGAUUACCACUGAUUAGUCGUCGAGAUGCUGAGGUGGUACUGACGAGUCGUGAGCUUGACAGCCUGGCCUUGAACCAGUCCACGGGGCUGCCUACCCUUACUCUACCCCGAGGAACGACCUGCUUACCCCCUGCCUUACUCCCUUACCUGGAACAGUUCCGGCGGAUUGUAUUCUGGUUGGGGGAUGACCUUCGGUCCUGGGAAGCCGCCAAGUUGUUUGCACGAAAACUGAACCCCAAACGAUGCUUCUUGGUGCGACCAGGAGACCAGCAACCCCGUCCCCUGGAGGCCCUGAACGGAGGCUUCAAUCUUUCUCGUAUUCUUCGUACCGCCCUGCCUGCCUGGCACAAGUCCAUCGUAUCUUUCCGGCAGCUUCGGGAGGAGGUGCUAGGAGAACUGUCAAAUGUGGAGCAAGCAGCUGGCCUCCGCUGGAGCCGCUUUCCAGACCUCAAUCGUAUCUUGAAGGGACAUCGGAAGGGCGAGCUGACGGUCUUUACAGGGCCAACAGGCAGUGGAAAGACGACAUUCAUCAGUGAGUAUGCCCUGGAUUUGUGUUCCCAGGGGGUGAACACACUGUGGGGUAGCUUCGAGAUCAGUAAUGUGAGACUAGCCCGGGUCAUGCUGACACAGUUUGCCGAGGGGCGGCUGGAAGAUCAACUGGACAAAUAUGAUCACUGGGCUGACCGAUUUGAGGACCUGCCCCUCUAUUUCAUGACUUUCCAUGGACAGCAGAGCAUCAGGACUGUAAUAGAUACAAUGCAACAUGCAGUCUACGUCUAUGACAUUUGUCAUGUGAUCAUCGACAACCUGCAGUUCAUGAUGGGUCAUGAGCAGCUGUCCACAGACAGGAUUGCAGCUCAAGACUACAUCAUCGGGGUCUUUCGGAAGUUUGCAACAGACAAUAACUGCCAUGUGACACUGGUCAUUCACCCCCGGAAAGAGGAUGAUGACAAGGAACUGCAGACAGCAUCCAUUUUUGGCUCAGCCAAAGCAAGCCAGGAAGCAGACAAUGUUCUGAUCCUGCAGGACAGGAAGCUGGUAACCGGGCCAGGGAAACGGUAUCUGCAGGUGUCCAAGAACCGCUUUGAUGGAGAUGUAGGUGUCUUCCCGCUUGAGUUCAACAAGAACUCCCUCACCUUCUCCAUUCCACCAAAGAACAAGGCCCGGCUCAAGAAGAUCAAGGAUGACACUGGACCAGUGGCCAAAAAGCCCUCUUCUGGCAAAAAGGGGACUACAACACAGAAGUCUGAGAUUUGCUCAGGCCAGGCCCCCACUCCCGACCAGCCAGACACCUCCAAGCGUUCAAAGUGAAGGCCGUGCAGAGCUGGUCACUGAAAUGAGCCUGAUAGGACAGGCUGGAGCAUAAAACUCUGCGAGGGCUCCUCUAUCCUGUGGUCCUGAGCUGUGUGCCCUUCUCAGUCUGAGGGGCCUAACCUAGAGCAGGUUUCCAUAGUGAGAAAAUUCAAUGUAGCAGACUACUGAGAAACUACUGUGUUGCUCAGGCUUUGUUUGAGGUCCUGUAUAUACAGCACUGAAAAGAGAGAUAAAGUCCCUGCCUGCAUGCAUUCUGGCGGAAGAGACAAGCAAGCAAUGAACAAAUUAGCAGAAAACCUAGUUUUAGUGAAAAAUGCUGUAAAGAAAAUAGAAAUGCGAUAGAGUGCUGGCAGGCUAGUGUAGAUAAGUGGUCUGAAAAGGUGUCUCUGAGCCGAGGGCAUGUGAGCUGGGGCCUAAACAACUAGAAGGAGAGAGCCACGUGAACAUCCGGAGAAGGGGACCCAGGCAGAGAGAAAAGGAAAUCCAAGCCCUGAGGUAGGAAUGAGCAGGUCAGAUUCAAGGCAGUGAGGUCAGGCCGCAUGAACCUGGAGGGGAAUCGGGGACUUCAUGCGAAACUCCAGCCUAGGCUUUCAAAGUCAAAGGGUGAUACAGUGGGUACCAAGCCCCUCUGCUCCCCACUUUGUAGAGCCUAGCAUGAGGUGGCAUGUACUAGAAUUGGAUCCUAGGUGCUUAGCCCUGCAAUAUCAGGGCCUCACUGGUGGGAGCUGCCUCGGGUUGGGUUGCUUGGUCAUAGAGCCAUGGAAGGAAGCUGUCAGCCUGGAGUGCCUGCCACCUAGACACUGAUGCCAUUGUGUGCUGCCUCAGGACUGCUGGAGUCAGGACAUUUUAUAGAGCCUUUUCCAGUUUUACUAAAAAAUUUUUCCAUUGC